AUGCCUGCUUUAAACGAAAUGAAAAUAGUUGUUGGUGAAGGAUAUGCAUGGAUUUUAUUAGAAGCUGUUCUUAUAUGUAUUCAUAUGUGGAUAACAGGAAUGAUGAUGGGAUCAGUCAGAAGAAGAUUUUUUAAUAAACAAUUUUAUGAAAACAAAUUUCCUGACUAUAAAAAAUUAGGAAAAGUUAUGAGACCUGAUGGAGGCUAUCCGGAUGACGGACAAGGAAGAUUAGCUGACAAAUUAACUGAUGAAGAAUGGUUUACGUUUAAUAAUUAUCGACGAGCACAUAUGAACUAUCUUGAAGGAGGAUUUGCAGUUAUUGUGCCUUUAUUAAUAGCUGGUCUUUCUUAUACUCGUUGGGCUUUUCUCGCUGGCAUUGUUUAUAUAGUAGCACGAGAAAUUUAUUCGCAAGGUUAUCGUCGAUCAGGUUCAAAAGGUCGCGUUAUUGGAGCAGUAGCUCUUGAUUUGGCUCUUUUAAUUUUAUGGUCAAUGGCUUUAUAUACAUGUUUCCGUUGGGGAAAUGGUAUUGAUGGACUUAAAAGACUCAUCUUUUAA